UCCCAACAACCAUGCAAUCAUAUGCCUUAAUUUCCUCCCAUUUCUUCUGGCCUCAAUCAAAACCCUCAGCUUUCUCCUCUCCGUCCCCCUCUUCGGCCUUCCCCCACCCCGCCGCCUGUCUCCAUGGCCAGUCAGGCGGCGCCAUGGCUCCUCAUCUUCCUCUACCUUGCCUACUCGACCAUCACCGUCGAAUCCGCCGGCGCCGAGGAAGGGGAAGCACUUCUCAGAUUCAAAGCCACCCUAUCAAUCGAUCUCCCAUCCUGGAUCCCCGGCCCCGCACCCUGCACUCUAAACUCCACCACUUGGGAAGGCGUCAUCUGCUUCAAUGGCCGCGUUUGGGGGAUUCAGCUCGAGAACAGAAGCCUUUCCGGGACCCUAAAUCUCCGACCUUUAAUACCCCUACCUGGCCUCCGUACCAUCAGCUUCAUGGGCAAUAAGCUCGAGGGACCUUUGCCUCCUCAUCUUAAGCUCCUCGGCGCUCUCAAGGCUGUUUAUCUCUCCAGGAAUAACUUCUCCGGCGAGAUUCCGGCGGAUGCGUUUGUGGGCAUGAGAUCCCUAAAGAAGCUUUUUUUAUCGAAUAAUGGCUUUGUCGGUCCUGUUCCGGGAUCGCUUGUUGGCCUUGGUAAGCUGCUUGAGCUCCGUCUCGAUCACAACAAGUUCGCCGGCGGUAUACCGAGUUUCGGCCAGCGCCGCCUCACGAUUGUUGACGUGUCUUUUAAUCGUUUGGAGGGGGCUAUUCCAAAUCGACUCAGUAGGAUGGACCCCGCUUUAUUUCAAGGAAACCCAAAGCUCUGCGGCGCCCCUCUCACCGUGAUUUGCAACAACAAAAUCCAACCAGCAAAGCAUAAAGGAAGCUCCGGCUGGCAUCUUUCUCUCAUAAUCAUUAUUGCCUGCAUCAUUUCCUUGCUCCUCCUCCUCCUCCUCCUCUUAGCACUUCGCCGUCGCCAGAAAACCAGUAAGGUGAUUGGUCGCCCGUGCGCCACCACUGAAGACGACGGCGAAAAGCUGGAGCUGGGUACGGCUUCAAAGCACCAACAGCCAGCCACCGCCACAGCAGCCGGACCGGUGGAAGGAAAAACUUCCGGCGGACGAAAAAGCGAGUGCGGGAGGCUGGCUUUCGUUCAAGAAGGAAGGGAGAGAUUCGAGCUCCACGACCUGCUUAGGGCAUCGGCGGAGGUGCUCGGAAGCGGAAACUUUGGUUCGUCUUUCAAGGCGGUGUUGUCGCCCGGUCCCACCGUCGUCGUCAAGAGGUUUAAGGAGAUGAACGGAGUGGGGAGAGAAGACUUCAACGAGCACAUGAGAAGGAUAGGGAGGCUCUCGCAUCCUAAUCUCCUUCCAUUGAUCGCAUAUUACUAUAAAAGAGAGGACAAAUUGCUCAUUACUGAAUUCAUUGCAAAUGGAAGCUUGGCUCACAUGCUCCAUGGUAAUCGUGGGUCAACUCUGCCGCCGCUCGACUGGCCGACGAGGUUGAAGAUAGUAAAGGGAGUAGCCCGUGGAUUGGCCUACCUUUACGAUGAGCUGCCGGUGCUAACCCUCCCCCACGGCCACCUCAAGUCCUCCAACGUCCUCCUCAACGACACCUUCCAACCUCUCCUCACCGACUACGCUUUGGUCCCAGUUAUGAACUCAGCCCACGCAACACAGGUCAUGGUUGCCUACAAGUCUCCGGAAGUCGCCCAAUUUGGCCUCCCGUCGAAGAAGAGUGAUGUGUGGAGCCUUGGCAUACUAAUACUCGAGAUCCUCACAGGCAAAUUUCCGGCGAACUUCCUCCACAAGGGCUCCAGCGGCAGCACCGAUCUUGCCACCUGGGUGGGUUUAGUGAUGGAAGAGGAAUGGAACAGCGAGGUUUUCGAUUGCGACAUGCGGGACACUGAAAAUGGCCGAGGUGAGAUACAGAAGCUACUGAAGAUUGGACUUGACUGCUGCGAGGAGAUUGUGGAGAAUAGAAUGGAGAUGAGGGAAGCACUUGAAAGGAUUGAAGAGUUGAAGGAGAGGGAGGAUUGAUUCAAAGAGCAGAUCUUGGAAUGAACUGGAGAGCCUGGAAGUGAAGCUGGAAGUGUUUUAUGAUGCUGUGGGUGGAGGCCAAUUCUACGACUUAUAAAAUCUUUUAAUUUUGCAUUGUUCUUUCUUCGUCAUGGAGUUUUUUUGUGGCAUUAGAUACAGUGCAGGUGAUAAAAGUAAAGAUGCCUUAUUUCAACUUGUGCUUUUGCUCUUACAUAAAAUCUACAUACAUGAUGAAUUGUACUGCGUAUGCUGCUAUAAAUAACACAUUUGGUUAUAUUACUACUA